CAUAAAUUAGAGUUGAGCAAAAACUUUGUCAGUCUUAUUGUUAUAAAAAAUCAGAAAAAGAGAAAGUAAUGGAGUUGCCGGGAUGUUAUUGGUGGUGGCCGGUGGUGUUAGUUUUGGUUCAUUUUGGUAUGAAUGGGUGCUUUGGUUGCUGGGAGCAAGAGAGAAUUGCUCUCUUGCAACUCAAAGCUUCCAUCGACCAUGCUAGUGAAUAUGAUUUUUCUGUUUGGAACUUAAGCAAUAAAGUGAGUGAUUGCUGUGAGUGGGAAAGAGUUAAGUGUAACAUCACUACUGGGCGUGUAAUCCAACUUACUCUUAAUGGUACGUUGGGCCCUUGGAGUAGGGAAGAUAGGGGACGUUGGUACUUUAAUGCCUCUAUGUUUCUUCCCUUUGAAGAGCUCCAAUACCUCGAUUUGAGUUCUAAUUCCAUUCCUGGAUGGGUCCCAAAUGAAGGUUUUGAAAGAUUCUCUGCGUUGAGCAAGCUGGAGGUGGUUCACUUGGAUUUUAAUCAUUUCAAUAACAGCAUUCUGCAAUCCUUUAGUGGUACUAUUGCUUUGCUCAAGGAACUAGAUUUGCGUUACAACAACUUGAAUGGAUCAAUCCACAUCCAAGACUUCAAAGCAUUUAACAACUUGGAGGAGCUCUACUUGGGCAGAAAUUAUAUCAAUGACUUUGUGACAACGGAAGGUAUGACAGAUUCAAACAGCUUAAGUAAGUUGCAAGUCCUAGAUUUGAGUGGCAACAAUUUUAAUGCACGAAUUCUUAAGUCAUUAGCUGUCUUCCCAUCGUUGAAGAGAUUAAAUAUUGGAGGAAACAAUUUGGAAGGAUCGUACACUACUAAAGAGUUAGGUGCACUAAACAACCUAGAGCAGCUGUACUUGGAUGAUUCAUCAAUUGAUAACAGCUUCCUUCACAAAGUCGGAGUUAUGAAUUCUCUUAAAGUAUUGUCAGUGCAAUACUGUAAUCUCAACGGUAGCUUACCUGCACAAGGCUGGUGUGAACUUAGGAAGCUCCAAGAGAUACAGCUCAGCAGCAAUAAUUUUGAAGGGAUGCUACCUUCAUGUAUGGCAAACUUGACAUCACUUCAAGUAUUGGAUCUCUCUAACAAUCACUUCACCGGGAACAUUGCCCGCUCCCGACUACCAAGUUUGACAUCACUUGAGCACCUCUAUCUGUCAAAUAACGACUUCUUGAUCCCAGCCACAAUGUCCACCUUUUCUAACCUCUCAAAUCUUAAGGACUUAUUAGGUGAUAACAAUAAAAUUGCCUUUGAACCUAACUCUCAUACUUGGAUUCCAACCUUCCAAUUACAGUUUUUGAGUCUUUCUAACGGACUCAAUGUCAAUGGCACAACUCCUAGAUUUCUUCAUUACCAAUAUGAGUUGGUAGUGAUUGAUCUCUCUCACAAUAAUUUGGUCGGAAAGUUUCCCACUUGGUUGCUAGAAAACAAUACAAAAUUGGAGUCCCUUUUCUUAAAUAAUAACUCUUUCACGGGGCCUUUCAUGCUGCCAUAUGAUAUUUGUCACAACAUUAGGAACAUAGAUAUUUCAGAUAAUCACUUACAGGGUCCAAUCCCCGUAACUUUUGGUUUAAUUUUUCCAAAUUUAGAAUAUUUAAACAUGUCUAAAAAUGCAUUUCAAGGUAGUAUACCUUCUUCUUUUGGGAAAUUGGUUUUCAUACGAUUUCUAGACUUGUUUGAGAAUCAUUUAUCAGGAACAAUACCAAUGCUUUUUGGAAUGGGCUGCCAGAACUUAGGGUUUCUCAGAUUGUCAUAUAAUAACUUCAGUGGCCAAAUAUUUCCCACCAAUUUCAAUCUGACUAAUUUAAGCAUUUUACUUUUGGAUAACAAUCACUUUACGGGAAUGAUCCCAAAGAGCAUCUCAAAAUUAAAUCAUCUUCUGACAAUUGAUUUUAGUAAUAACCAUUUUUCAGGCAUGCUUCCAACGUGGUUGGGGAACAUGUCUGGUUUAACAGAACUUGUUAUGGCCAAAAAUCAACUUGAAGGUCCUAUCCCAAUCGAGUUGUGCAAACUUGUUAGACUUCGAUUUCUUGACCUUUCCGAGAACAAUCUAUCUGGCUCUACUCCAUCGUGCUUCAAUUCAUCAUAUAUUACAUCAGUUUAUCUGAAUAAAAAUUGGUUGAGCGGUCCAAUUCCAUGUGCGUUCAAAAACAACUCUAAUCUAGUUACAUUAAAUCUUAGAGAUAACCUCUUAAUUGGAAGCAUUCCUGAUUGGAUCGGCAACCUCUCAUCCUUGAGCAUUCUUCUUUUGAGAGAAAACCAUUUAGAAGGUAGGAUCCCAAAUCAAUUAUGCCUUUUGCAAAACUUAAACUUGUUGGAUCUUUCCUACAAUAAAUUUUCAGGUACAAUACCACAUUGCUUGAGUAACAUUACUUUAAUGGCAUCCACCCAAAAGCCUAUUUUUAGAGGUUACGAGUUACUGCUUGCUACGUACCAAAUUAGAAUGCCAUACUAUGUUGACUGGAAUCAUGUGGGUUAUUUUGUGACAGUUGUAAGUCAGACAGAUGAAGCAGAGUUCACAACAAAGAAUAGAAUUGACUCCUAUAAUGGAGACAUUCUCAACUACAUGUUUGGAAUUGACCUCUCAUGCAACAAGUUAGUAGGUGAAAUCCCACCUCAACUUGGAAUGAUGAGCACCAUCCGGGCAAUGAACUUAUCACACAACAAUCUAACUGGACCAAUCCCUACAACAUUCUCAAACUUGAAGCUGAUGGAGAGUUUGGAUCUUUCCUAUAACAAUUUAAGUGGUAAAAUUCCACCUGAAUUGACCGAAAUUACCUUUCUAGCCGUCUUCAGUGUGGCACAUAAUAACUUAUCAGGUACAACGCCAGAAAGAAAAAAUCAAUUCGGGACUUUUGGUGAAAGUAGUUAUGAGGGUAACCCUCUUUUGUGUGGACCUCCAUUACAUGAUUGCACCAAAAUCGGACCUCCGUCUACAAAGCUAGUGGAUCAUGAUGGGGAAGAUGGCGGUAGUUUCAUUGACAUGGAUGUCUUCUACAUAACCUUUCUGGUGGUUUACAUAACAGCGUUGUUGGGACUUGUUGCAGUUCUCUACAUAAAUCCUUACUGGUGUAGGGCGUGGUUUAACUUCAUUGAGGUGUGCAUUGACAAUUGCUACUGUUUUGUUGUGGUUCAUUACCGUAAGUUGUUCAAUUUCAGGCUUGCAUAGCCUUGCAUUUUAAUGGUUACAUGCAUGUGUCUCU